AUGCACAUGGCAACUAGAGGAAAGCGAUAUAACGAGGCGGUCGGACUGUUGGAUCAGGAGGCGAGGUACGCUCCACCGGAAGCCAUCGAGUUAACCAAACAGACGGCCAAUGCUAAGUUCGAUGAGACCAUAGAGUUGCAUCUCCGUACCGGAGCCGACCCUCGCUAUGCUGAUCAGAUGGUGCGCGGUGUUGCCGUUCUGCCUCAUGGAGUCGGCAAGCCUGUGCGAGUACUGGUGUUCUGCCAGGGCGAGGCUGAGACCAUCGCUCGAGAUGCCGGUGCGGACUACGUCGGCAGCGACGAGUUGAUCCGCGAGAUCGAAAACGGUUUCUUGGGUUUUGACGUUUCCAUCGCGACGCCUGAUAUGAUGGGCCGUGUCGGCCGACUCGGCCGAAUCCUCGGUCGCCGAGGCUUGAUGCCCAAUCCCAGGAUCGGGACGGUGGUGCAGCAGGACGGCAUCCCGCAGUCCAUCUCAGACGCAAAGAAGGGCAGGGUGGAGUUCCGUCUCGACAGAACAGGCCUGAUACAUGUGCCGAUUGGCAAGGCCAGUUUUGAUGACGACAGGCUGAUGGACAAUCUCGUGACCCUAGUCGACAACAUAAUACGUGCAAGGCCCAGCGGCGUGAAAGGACAGUACAUCCGGGCGGCGUACCUCACUGCUACUAUGGGGCCGAGCGUACCCAUGGACGUUGAUAGACUGUCUGACCUUCGUAUAGAAUAGACUCAAUCGCCAGAGACAGCGGGUUCCCCCGAGGGACGAAGAUUCCAGCCCGCCGAGGC